AUGUGUAUCGACUAUCGGGUCGUGAACAGCUUCAUUCAAUUGUCGAACUACCCACUACCGCUGUUUGAUGACCUCAUCACUGGUUUCGAAGGAAUGAUGUGGCUUAUGAGUCUUGACAUGGCGAGUGGUUUUUGGGCAGUCCGAAUGACUGAGCGGGCUAAGCUGAUCUCGGCAUUUUCUUGCCCAUUCGGGCACUUCCAAUGGGUACCACCCGAAGAGGAAACACUUGAGGAUCAGGACGUGCUAGACUACUUGCGUUUGAACCCUCAGACCCCACGUGUCGAAACGAAUGCAUAG